AUGGGAAUUUCAUGUAGCAACAGCAGAAGAAGGCACAACCACCACCAAACUUACUACCAACAUCACCCGCAUCACCUCCCGCCGCCGCCUCAACACUUCCCCUCCGCAGAACCACCUCCCCCUCCGCCGCCGCAUCAAGGCUACUACUCCACCUCCUCUGCAGCCACUCCACAAUCCUCUUACGCGCCAUCUCCAGCUCCCCCUCUUCAUCCGCCGCCAACGCUGCCGAUCCAGUCCUACUACACCUCCAACCCUUACAAUUCCUGCGGUUAUUCGAAUCACAUGGUGGGUAGGUAUAAUUACCAGCCCUACUAUUAUGGCAAUUCAGCUGGAGGAUGGCCGCCGCCGCAGCAACCCCAUGCGGUGAGACCUAACGUGGGUCCUUCGCACCAGAUUCAGCCGGUGCCUUAUGUUGAGCAUCAGAAUGCUAAGAAGGUUAGGAAUGAGGUUAAUGUGCAUAAGGGGACUUUGAGGCUUGAAUUGGAUGAGCAGAACCCGGAUCAUCACUUGAUUUCUUUCGUUUUUUAUGCACUUGUUUAUGGAAGCAUUACCGUUUCCUACUUUGCUAAAGAAGAGCCCAACUGUAAGUUUUCUCCAGCAUAUCUCGACACUCAUCUCCCAGUCCGGGUCCCCUUCCAGAAAGGUGUUGCACAUAAGUUUUGCCAACCAUCAGGGACAGGCAUUAGCUUGGGUUUAUUUGAGCUGGAUGACCUCUCAAAGCCCUCGUUCGAAGAAGAUGUUUUUCCAUUGGUUAUAGUCGCUGAAACAUCCCCACCACUUAGUUCAACAACCGAUCAAAGUCAACUCAAUGAUUAUGUACCGAGCUCGGGUAAUAUGCAGAUCACUCAAGCUGUUCUAGAGAAGAAGAAAGAUGGAGAACCUUUCCACGUAAAAGUAUUAAAGCAUAUAUUGUGGAUUGAGGGAGUUCGAUAUGAGCUUCGUGAGAUUUAUGGCUUGGGUAGUGGUUCUGCAGCUAAAGAUUUCAAUGACAGUGAACCCAAGAAAGAAUGUGUGAUUUGCAUGACCGAACCCAAGAAUAUUGUCAUCUUGCCAUGUCGACAUAUGUGUAUGUGUAGUGAGUGUGCAAAGGAAUUGAGGAUGCAAACAAACAAGUGGCCCAUAUGCCGACAACCGAUCGAAGAACUUAUUGAGAUCAAGAUAAGGAGCGGCGGGGUACAAUAG